UAAAGAGCUCCACGAGUCGGCAUUGUCAGGCGGCGGCACCGCGCGAGUCGGACCUGGGCUGUGGUCCGUGGGUUCUGUGUGGCGGCGGCCGAGAGGAGGGAACUCGAUCGGAGCGGCUCCGUCAGUGGACGGAGGCGAGACUCCGGUAGCGCGAGCUUGAGCGCGGCCGAGCCCGCGGCUCCUUUCCCAGCGGGUGGGGACAAGUGGGCCCCGCGGCGUCAUCGGCGGCGAGGAGCCGCCGCGGCCUGGCCUACCAUGUCGGAAGCGGGUGAGGAGCAGCCCAUGGAGACCACGGGCGCUACCGAGAACGGACACGAGGCCGCCCCAGAAAGCGAGUCGCCGGCCGGGGCUGGCACAGGAGCAGCGUCGGGGUCUGGAGGCGGGACCACGGCGCCCCCGAGCGGGAAUCAGAACGGCGCCGAGGGCGACCAGAUCAACGCCAGCAAGAACGAGGAAGACGCGGGAAAAAUGUUCGUUGGUGGUCUGAGCUGGGAUACCAGCAAAAAAGAUUUAAAGGACUAUUUUACUAAAUUUGGAGAGGUCGUGGAUUGUACAAUAAAAAUGGAUCCCAACACUGGACGGUCAAGAGGGUUUGGGUUUAUCCUCUUCAAAGAUGCUGCCAGUGUGGAGAAGGUCCUAGACCAGAAGGAACACAGGCUGGAUGGCAGGGUCAUUGACCCUAAAAAAGCCAUGGCUAUGAAGAAGGACCCCGUCAAGAAAAUCUUUGUAGGGGGUCUGAAUCCUGAAGCUACAGAGGAAAAGAUCAGGGAGUACUUUAGAGAGUUUGGGGAGAUUGAGGCCAUUGAGCUUCCAAUGGAUCCCAAGUUGAAUAAAAGACGGGGUUUUGUUUUUAUUACUUUUAAAGAAGAAGAUCCUGUGAAGAAAGUUCUGGAAAAAAAAUUCCAUACUAUCAGUGGAAGCAAGUGUGAAAUCAAGGUGGCCCAGCCCAAAGAAGUCUAUCAGCAGCAGCAGUAUGGCUCUGGGGGCCGUGGAAACCGCAACCGAGGGAACCGAGGCAGUGGUGGUGGUGGUGGAGGUGGAGGUCAGAGUCAGAGUUGGAAUCAGGGCUACGGCAACUACUGGAACCAGGGCUACGGCUACCAGCAGGGCUACGGGCCCGGCUAUGGCGGCUACGACUACUCGCCCUAUGGCUAUUACGGCUACGGCCCCGGCUACGACUACAGUCAGGGUAGUACAAAUUACGGGAAGAGCCAGCGACGCGGUGGUCAUCAGAAUAACUACAAGCCAUACUGAGGCGGCAGCAGGAGCAGCUGACUGACUGACCGCACACGCUUUGUUUGGAUACGGAGUGAACACAAUUAUGUACCAAAUUUAACUUGGCAAACUUUCUAUGGCCUGUCCCAUGUGCAUCUUAUUUAAAAUUUCCCCCCUGGAAAUCACUCUCCUGUUUUACUAUUUCCAGAGCUCUAGUUGUUUAGGCAGCGUGUGGUGUCUCAGGCCAGAGCGGCAUUAGGGGUUGAUUUUAUUACCAGGUUACCUAGAACCAGGUUAGAGGGUCUGCUUCCUGCUGCCGCUCUGCAGCCUGGACCUGUGGACCCUGGUUGUAAAGAGUAAAAUGUAUCUUAGGAAACCAGUGUCACCUUUUUUCCCACCUUUUAAUUUUAUAUUAUUUGUGUCAUACAUUUCCUGUAAUGGAAGUGUUAAUUUUACUGUACUUUUUGGUACCUUUUGGGAAUCUAAUGUAUUGUAAGGUAUUUUACACGUGUCCUGAUUUUGCCACGACCUGGAUAUUGAAGCUAUCCAAGCUUUUGAAAUAAAAAUUUUAAAACCCCCAA